GCGAGGGAGGCGCAGUGGCGAGUGCCAGGGGACUUCAAGCACCGCAUGGUCGCAGUCAGGGUGGCAGCUGCCUCGGGCUUGCAGCUUCUAGCUUGCUCCUUGUACCUGCAGGACGGCAUCGGGCCCAAAGGGGUCAACCUGGACAUCAUCGGUGGCCUGGGGGACCUGGUGCUGACCGAGGGGCCCCCGUGGCUCGUGCAAGGCGACUUCAACAUGGAGCCUGGGGCCCUCUACGAGCUCGGCUGGCCAGCCCUUCAGCGAGGUGCCUACCUUGGGCCAGCCGAGCCCACGUGCAUGGCGUCUGGCACGGAGCGGGUGUACGACUGGUUCGCGAGCUCGUUCUGCCUCUCCCACGGGGUUGCCAACACCGCUGUUCUGGACGGCUACGCAUUGCACCCGCACAAGCCAGUCCGACUGCGGCUGCAGGACCUGCGGCCGGAUGCGCUGGUACAAGUCCUAGUGAGGCCUGGCCGUUUCCCUGACGUGGAGGCCGCCGACUGCAGGGCCCAUGAGGACGCCGUCGUGCAGGUGUUUCGGCGCAGCGGUCGAGUGCAGUGGCAGGCCGUGCCGUGUACCUGGAGCUGGGAGGCAGGCGAGUUGCCCCACGACCUCCCUGCUGCGGUGAGCGAGUGGGUCGAGGCGGUCGAGGGCACGUUGGUGGGCAUCCACGACAUCCAGCCUGACGCACACAAGCGCUUCCUGGGUCGAGCCGCGGGGCCGAGGCGCGCCCUGCGGCCGAUGAGCGCGGUCGCGAAGCGGGAGUACCGCUUCCGUCACUCCGAGCUGACCCACGCCAUUCGGCAGGCCCUCGAUCUGGCUCUGCAGAGGCUGGCCGCCGAUAGGAGUGGGAGGUGGCGGCAUUCACAUGAGAGCUGGUGCUCGCGCGAGGCGGAGCGCAUCCCGGGCCUCCUGGAGCUCGCCUCGGCCGCGGCCCGCGAGGAGGAGGAGGCGGAGCAGCUCGACUUCGACACCAGCGGGUGGAUCGACCUCGUCGGCCAGGCAGGAGUCCUCGGCCACGUCGGCGCCAUCACGGAGCUCCAGCGACGGCUCUACAGCUCGCAGCGGCGCGACGGGGGCAACAGCUCCGCGCGGUGGCGAGCGUGGGCCAAGGAGGCUGUCCAGCGAGGAGGUAGGUUGGCGCGCCGCUUUGCUAGAGCGGUGCCUCCUCCUCAGGUCGUCGACCCAGACACGGGCAUGCCGCUGGCAGGGAUGAUUGCUAUUGGUCAGCUCGAGGCCAACUGGCAAGCCCUCUGGCAGCAGGAAGGUUUCAAGGGAGGAGCCGACGUCUGCACCUGGGACAUCCAGGACUGGACCCUGCCUCCCAUCACGCUCGACAUGUUCCAGGCGACGUGCCGCCGCUAUUCCCCAUCUGCUGGGCUCGGAGCGGACCAGCUACACCCCAGACAGCUGCUGCUCCUGCCGAGUGCCCUCCAGCUCCGCUGCCUGGACCUCCUUGCGGCGUACGAGGAGCGGCCGCAGGCUGGCAGCCUCUUCCUGGACAUCGUGAAGUUCUACGAGAAUCUGCGGCACGACGUGCCUUGGAGCUGCGCCAUCGAGCACAAUUUCAAUAUUCGUUUACUGAGAGGGCUUUUGGCCAUGUAUCAAGCCCCUCGCUUCAUCUGUUUCGCGGGCCUGGUCUCCGACGGCUUCUGCUCCCACGGCACCGUCCUCGCGGGCUGUGCGUGUGCUACUACGCUGGCCAAGCUUCCGCUCCUCGGUCCCCUUCGGGCCGUGUCCUCAGGAGGUCGCCUGCUCGUCAUUGGCAGGAACGUCGUCGACGACGUGGCCCUGCAGGCACUGGGGACACGCCGCCUUGUCGUGGAGCAGCUAGGAGGCGCGGGAGCUGAGAUGGCGCGACAGCUUGGGGACUUGCACCUCCCGCUCAGCCCCAUGAAGUCCGUGUGCCUUGCGUCCUGCUCUGGCCUUGCCCAGGAGUUGGGCGAGUACUGGAAGGCGCACGGCAUGAAGUUCGAGAGGGAGUCCGUGAAGGGCGUGGGCGGGCGCGGGAUGCGCUCCAGCGGGCGCGGCGCCUGCGUUGCCUACGAGCUGCAGGAGUCGAAGUGGCUGCGGUGCGCGGAGCUCCGCAGGGGCCGUGACCUGGAUCCCUUCGUGCUGAUCACGGAUCGCUCGCUCCAGAUGCUGGCAGGGCUCUUGCACUCGGGCGAGCUCUCCCUGCCGAUGCUCAGGGCCGAGCUCGAGGCUGCGGCGUCGCGGCAGGCGGCUGCGACGGCGCCUUGGGUGCACUGCAGCUCCCCCGUGGAUGCAGCGGUCCUCACCCUUGGCAGGAUCGGCUGGUACUUCAGGUCCGAGCGGUGCCUCAUCACGGACGUCGGGGACGAGCUUGACUUGACGUUGCUGGGGCCGCGCGAGCUCGGCAUUGAGGCCGGCCUUGGAGCGAGGCGCGCCUCGGACAGGCAUGAGAUGCUGAAGCUGGCCAACUCCUCGUCUGUGCAGGGCCCUCUCUUCUGGGACGCCUUCAGGGAGCUCAUCGGGCCAGGAGGCAAGUUCAACGAGCGCGAGAGGAACGGGCUGGUGGCCUACCUCACGAACGCGCACUGGCCGCAGGCGAGGCUCUACAGCGCCCGCGAGAGCAGCCACGCCAGCUGCAGGUGCUGCGGAGCUGCUCGGGGCACCCUCUGGCACAGGUUGUUCGAGUGCCCCAUGCUUGCGGCCCAGCGGCGGGAUUCGGUCUCACCAGCGCUGAUGAGGAGCGCUGUGCGGGUCCGCGCCCAGGGAGAGGCAGCAGGGGAGGACUUCGCUAGGUGCUGGCUGCCAGCGCCGCCGCCUCCUCAAGGGCCCCGCACGGACGCCAUGAGUGUCUGGUGGAUACGCAGGCCCCCCGACGACAGGCUCAAUGGCAAGUUGUACUUGGACGGCUCGGCAGUCGACCCGCAGUUCGGCUCCCUGAGACGCGCGGGCUGGGCGAUUGCUCAGUGCGACGACGACGGCAACCUCAUCGCGGGCGUCUACGGGACCGUCAGGAGGGACCUCUGCCCGCAGCAAACCGCCCGCGACGGCGAGGACUUUGCGGUCUGGAUGUUGGCGAACUACGCGGGCCCUGCAGUCGAGGAGGUCAACAUCGACUGCAAUGGCACGGUCGAGUGCCUGCGCAGGGGGCUGGCCUAUGCGACGGGCCCGACGAAGGUCAACGCCCACCUCUGGAGCAGGAGCCUCGCCGCCUUCGAGCCUGGCAGCUUCAGGGUGAACAAGGUGCCCGCCCACUGCAGCUGGCAGGCAGUGCUCGACGGGCGCCUCACGGAGGCGCAGAGGCGCGGCAACCAGCACGCUGACCGCCUUGCCAAGCUGGGAGCUCGGCUGCACGCCGUGGACGCCCAGACCGUGCGCGAGCACCGUGCCCUGGCGGGUUUCGUCCAGGAGCUGGCCCGCUGGGUGGGCCAUGCGGCCGUCAUCUGGCAGGACAUCGCGGAGAAGGACAGUGGCGGGUUCCUCGAGUCCGACGAGAGGCAGCGGGUGAGGUUCGCCGACCAGGAGGAGCGAGCCGAGCUGCCCACUGCAGGCAGGCCGACGGCUCAGCAGCCGCGCGUGGAGAGCGUGCGCUCGGUGGCCAGCGCUGUCGGCCUCUCCAUCGCCACGGCUGGCAUCUGCUACCUCGGCCACUCCUUGGCGUACGCGUGCUGCGACGUGGGCGGGGGGCCCCAGGAGCUGGUGGCAUGCAGCAGGCGCGGGGCCUUCAUGGUCCUCGGCGGCCGCUCUGGAGGCCGCCCAAAGCUCAAGGAGCCAUGCAUCGGCGAGAGGGCCACUGGGCAGCGCAGCCAGCGCCGCCUCUGGGCUCGAGGGCUGCGCCCAGGCGGACGGCCUCGCGGAGGGGACCAGCAGCGCAGGGAGAAAGGUGCCGAGAUCCCCGCGCUGCGGCUGCAGGGCCCCCUGCCCCCGUCGGCCCAGGAGGCCUUCCUGGCCUGGCUGGGCCUCGAGGGCGAUGCGGGCCCUUCGCCAGCAGGCGGCAGCUCGGCGGCAGCGUCAGGAGGCGCAGGCGGCCGCGAGCAGGAAGCAACGGCGCGGCCGACGGCACCGGCGCGGCAGGUGGUGGCGGGCAUCGGCCCGCGGGCCGCCUUGCUGGCCGCGUACGGCCUGGGCGAGCAGGACCUCGCCGAGCGGGUGCUGGCCGCCAACUCCGCCGCGGAG